AAAUGGCUAUAUAUAUAUAUAUGGAGUUUUGAUCAGUCGGAAAAUGGCAAAAGCUUGUUACUAUGCCAUUUAAACUUCAGUUGUGAAAAAAAUGGCUGAAAAUGAAUUUGUGAUUUCAAUAGAAGAGCUAUCGCCAACCGAUUCCAGCUGGGAGGAGAAAUUUAAUAGAUUGAUGAAGGAAGAAGGAGAUGAUGAACAAGAAGUUGAUCCAAUGACAUUCCCCAAGCCAAAGAUUCAAAGGGUUCCACCAAUGCUUCGAGAUCGAAAGAAUUUCGAAAAGUACUUCGAGCCAAGAGCUGUAUCCCUUGGUCCUCUUCAUCAUGGCAAGCCAAAACUCCAGGUUGCAGAGAAAUACAAGCCCAAACUCACAAAGAGAUUCAUAAAAGACAGAGGCACUGACAAGGGAAAAGAUUUAUACAAGAAGAUUUGGAACAACAUAAAGGAACUCAGGGAUUGCUUCGAUGAGGAGGUGACCAAGAACUGGGACAAUGAGACUUUGGCCUGGAUGUUGUUCUUGGAUGGCUGUUCAACACUGCAGUUCAUUCACAGCCUUGUUAGAAAUGAGCUAAAGAAGUUCAAGAUCAAAAACGAUCAAAUUGCCUUCUCUCAGCAGGAUCUGUUCUUGCUGGAGAACCAACUUCCCUAUCGACUCCUCAAGCUCUUGAUGAAUGGUGAUAACAACGAUAAGAACAGCAAGAAUGAGUACGAGGAAUCCAUCAAGAAAUUUAUAGGUAUGCAUGUUAUGGCUCCACCCAAGUACAUGAGCAAAGUAACAGUAAACAUGGAACCAGAGCCGGCUCAUCUUCUGGGGCUCCUCCAAUCAACACUUCUUGACCAACCCCCCAAAACGACUCAGCCUCAAAUGCCACCAGCAGCCAAGGAGAAAAAGACUGGUCGUCGCGAAAAGGAGAAGAUGUUAGAUCAUAAGAUAUCCUAUCGCAAUGUUCAAGAACUUAAAGCUGCUGGGAUCCAGUUAAAGCCAAGUGGAACUUUCUCCUUAAAAGAGAUAGAUUUUAAUUCUCUUUGCUUUGCAGGUUAUCUGAAGCUUCCUCCAUUGAUAGUGGAUGAUUCCACAGGGCCAUUGUUUUUCAACCUCAUAGCCUACGAGAUGUGCCCAGAUAAUUUCCUUACCGACUAUGGAGUUACCUCCUACGUAAGCUUCUUGGAUUCACUCAUUGAUGAUGCAGUAGACGUAAAAGAUCUAAGGUAUGCAAAUGUACUUGAGAACUCUCUUGGAAGUGAUGCAGAGGUAGCAGAACUCUUCAAUGAAAUAGGAACUGAUCUGGUUCCUAAUCCUGAGGCAUACAUGGAAGUGAAGGACAGAAUCCAAAAGCACUACGAAAACAAGUGCACGACGUGGAUGGCUCAAGUCUAUUAUGACCAUUUUAGCAAUCCAUGGACUAUCAUGGCUUUUAAUGCUGCCUUGGUUGCACUUGCUUUGAGUGGUGUUCAGACUUGGUUUUCUGUGUUUUCUUCCAGUCCCUGUGAUGAUUUCUGCAAAAAAUUUACUAUGCCUCACAAGCCAUGAGUUUUCACCAUACAAUAAGGCCUAAAGCGUUUUUCUUUCUGCAAGCAAUAUCUUUUGAAAGUGGCUUCAGUGAGGAGAUUUGUUUGCUUCUUUGAUUAUGUUUAUAGAUUCUGUAUUUAUUCUCGAAGAACUGUUGUUUCCUGAUGUCAUUAUUUGUGCAAAAAUUAGAACAUGUUUUCUAAUUUCUAAUAAACACAUAUUUACAAUUUGGAACCU